CGCAUUACGGGGGGAACCGAGUAAAGGCGGAAAUGGCCGAAGCGCUUCCACUCGUGUUUCUGCGUCAGUUCAAAUAGUGUAGUGUUUUUGUGGCGUUCAGUUGCGGAAAUAAUUCAGAAGUGUUUGAUAUUUUAAUACCCGGACAGAAAUGGCAAGGCUGGAGAUGUUUUAUGUCAUCGCGGCGCUGCUGGUAACACAAAGCGUCGCCAUAUUCAGAGUUCCUCUUCAUAAAACCAGGAGCCUGCGCCGCCUGAUGAGCGACAAUGGGAAGCUGUCCCUGCAGGAGCUGCGAGCUUUAGCGACGAGCAACGGAGCGCUGGAGAGCGAUCCCUCCCCCAAAUUGCCCGUAGAGAGGCUGACCAACUUCAUGGACGCGCAGUACUUUGGUCUGAUCAGCAUCGGGUCCCCUCCUCAGGACUUCACGGUGCUGUUUGACACCGGCUCCUCCAACCUCUGGGUUCCCUCCAUCCACUGCUCCUUUUUCGACUUGGCCUGCUGGGUUCAUCAUCGUUACAACUCAAAGAAGUCGAGCACGUUCGUUAAGAAUGGCACCGCAUUCUCUAUCCGGUACGGCAGAGGCAGCUUGUCUGGUUUCAUCAGCGGGGACACGGUCUCUGUUGCAGGUCUGCCUGUCCAGAACCAGCAGUUUGGUGAGGCGGUGAAGCAGCCUGGCAUCACGUUUGCAGUGGCUCGGUUCGACGGGGUCCUGGGCAUGGCCUACCCCUCCAUAUCAGUCGCUAAUGUCACCCCGGUGUUCGACACGGCCAUGGCUGCCAAGCUGCUGCCCGAGAACAUUUUCUCUUUCUACAUUAGCAGAGACCCAAAAGCAGCAGUAGGUGGAGAGCUGAUUCUGGGGGGGACAGACCCUCAGUACUACACCGGAGACCUGCACUAUGUUAAUGUCACACGAAAGGCCUACUGGCAGAUCGAGAUGAGCGGAGUUGGAGUUGGUGACCAGCUGACUGUCUGCAAAGGCGGUUGCCAGGCGAUCGUCGACACGGGAACGUCCCUCAUCGUGGGUCCUAAAGCUGAAGUCAGAGCGCUGCAGAAGGCCAUCGGAGCUCUGCCCCUGCUGAUGGGAGAGUACUGGAUCGACUGUAAGAGGAUCCCAUCUCUCCCCGUCAUCUCCUUCAACAUCGGAGGGAAGAUGUAUAACCUGACGGGAGAGGACUAUGUCAUGAAGGAGUCUCAGAUGGGUCAGGUCAUCUGUCUGUCAGGCUUCAUGGCGAUGGACAUCCCGCCCCCCGCAGGGCCCCUGUGGAUCCUGGGAGAUGUUUUCAUCGGGAAGUACUACACCGUGUUCGACAGGAACGCCGAUCGAGUCGGAUUCGCCCCCGCCAAGUAGCUCCCUGACCCCCCCCCCCCCCCGUGUCUGAAAUAUGUUGCACUUCUUCUCAUUUCAAGCUUUACUUUACUUUCAAAGUGGCACCAAGCAAAGCUGAAUUUCUGCAUCAAUGUUGCUUUAUUUCAAUGGCAAGAAUGAAGUGUUUGAUAUUGCUGCUACCCCUGGCUGCCCACCUUAUUUUGAUAGUUCAGAUCUGCUUACAAUAAUGAAUAACUGACUGCUUAUGAGUGAUGCUACAUUAGCCAUUUCAACACGUUAGCAUAAAGUAUAGAUGUCUGAGUCGCUGAACAAAGGGACCGCUUCCCAAACCAUCUGAUCUGUGAGAUUGUUUUUCUGGGUUAACUCUAUCUUUUGAAAUGGCAGCCAGAGCUUUGCAAUUUGAUGCAUUUAUUUGCAAUAAGGGGGAACAAAUGCAACUAAAUUGUAAUUCCUGACACUCCCCAACCACAUUUCCAGCUACCAAAGCCUUAUAAUGGAUGUUAUAAUUAGGACUAUUUUGUACAGUUACGGUAUCUCAGGAUGUUUCUCUUGCUAUGUGAAUUUUUAAAACCAAAUAUCACUGAAUUAAACAUGAAAUAUUUA